AUGUCUGCUCGCACCGCUACUCCGUCUAUCUUCGGCGCACCCAACGAGUCCGCCGAGUCUUCUGGUCGUGCCCUCGGCAGCCCCAACACUGGACUCGGAAGGGGUGGUGUCGGCAAGCAAAAGGAGGCUCUGAAGCUGCGCUUGGACCUCAACUUGGAGGUGGAGAUCGCCAUCCAGGCCAAGGUCAAUGGUGAUAUCACGCUUUCCCUCCUUAUGGAUGUUCGUACAUGCUACGGAUGGUCAGUAUUGGGUUCCGUACUGGACGGUAGAGAAUGUCGCGUAUAUGGACUUGCGACGCUGUAUUUUUUCUCUACCCCAAUUCAUUGCACUGUUCUAUGCUUUCCUUUGCCGGUCGGAAAUGAUGAAACGUUCACUGCCCUUCCCUGCUCUUUCACCACGACGACGAUGGAGACGACCCUCCUCACUCACAUCGUCUCACAGACGGCCUCGAACAUCGACUUCCUUGUCACCAACGGGUACGUCACCCAAGCAGAUGCUGCCGGUCUGCAGAGAAAACUGUCCUCUCUCCAAUCAACGACGGACUCGACACCGGCGCCUGUUCGCUCGACCCCCUUUAGGUUGCCCUCCCUGCCCCCACCAGCACCAGCACCAGCACCAGCGGCACCAGCGGUCGUGCAAGCCAAAGCUUUGUGGGCAUACAACCUCGACGCCUCUGACCACGACGACCUCUCAUUCGCAGCUGGGGACAUCAUUACCAUCGUCGAAGAGACCAACGCCGACUGGUGGCUCGGGGAGUAUGGCGGCCGUAGGGCUCUCUUCCCAUCUAACUACGUCGAGAAGAUCGCACCAGCACCUACGCCUGCGCCUGCUCCCCGGACCCUACCUCCUGCGUUCACCCCACCGACCGGUGUUCGCUCCGUACCUCCAGCUCCCACAGAGAAGAAAGAGUACAAGCCGUUCAUGGCUGCUCAUUCAAGCGCCAACGCCCCCCCACCUCCCGGGGCAGGUACGAACUCCGUUGGCCUUCAGCAGGACGCGGGUCAGGAUGGGAAGAAGAGCAAGUUUGGCAAGUACGGUAAUACGAUGGCCCACUCUGCAGCUGGAGGUGUAGGAUUCGGUGCUGGGGCUGCUAUCGGCGGUGGCCUGGUUAGAGCAAUAUUCUAA